CUCUUACAUACUUCUGUGUGUUUGAAGUGUUAUGCAACCACGGCUAGUGUCUCGUACUGUCCCUUUUUGUUUCUGCAGACACUGUACAGUAACAGCAUGUCUCGUCUCUGUAACCUCCUGAUUUCCUGCAUGUUACUGAUUGGACCUGUCUUUUUAUCAGGAGUGGAGGAAAUGACUGCUUCAGAGGAGCAGAAAGGAGCUCAGCUGGCGCGUGGCAAGCGCAGCAUGCCCAACUGGAACCUGUGGGCGUCGGACUUCUACGGCUGGGUGGAGGAGCUGCGGGCCCAGGCCGGCUACGACGCGCUGCAGGAUCUGGCCCGCACCUACUGGGCCCACUUCCCCAUCGCCAGCUACCUGGGAUACGACUCCGCCCCGGAGCCUGGCCAACCAGAGGACGACUGAAGCCAUCAGGCACGGAGCUUCA